UCCCGGCCACGAAGGGGUGCGACCCCCGACUGGCCCCGCCCUCCCGGCUACGGCCCGGCCAAUCAGAGCGGCUUUUACUGGCGGGUGGGCCGAGCUGGCCCAGCUGCUCGGAGGCUCUGGCAUGUCGGUUCCCGAUUCUGGUCCCCGGCCCCCAGCAGCGCCUGCCCCCUUCCCACCGGGGCCCCCCAUGAUGCCACCACCCUUCGAAGCUGUGUGCUUGCCUGUUAAACCCAGAGAACUCCCCAGUUACCUGUCUUUCUCAGUGAUGCCCCCUCCAGGGAUCCCCCCACCCUUUCCUCCGAUGGGGCUCCCACCCAUGAGUCAGAGACCACCAGCCAUCCCCCCCAUGCCACCUGGCAUCUUGCCCCCAAUGCUUCCACCGAUGGGGGCACCACCACCACUCACACAGAUACCAGGAAUGGUACCUCCGAUGAUGCCAGGAAUGCUGAUGCCAGCAGUGCCUGUCACUGCCGCGACGGCUCCGGGUGCGGACACCGCCAGCUCUGCUGUGGCUGGGACAGGCCCUCCGAGGGCCCUAUGGAGUGAGCAUGUGGCCCCUGAUGGGCGCAUCUACUACUACAAUGCUGAUGACAAGCAGUCCGUGUGGGAGAAGCCCAGCGUGCUCAAGUCCAAGGCGGAGCUGCUGCUGUCUCAGUGUCCCUGGAAAGAGUACAAGUCAGACACAGGCAAACCUUACUACUAUAAUAACCAGAGUCAGGAGUCCUGCUGGACCCGGCCCAAGGACCUGGAUGACCUGGAGGCUCUAGUCAAACAAGAGGCUGCAGGAAAAAUGCAACAGCCGCAGACACCACAGCCACAGCCACCUCAGCCUCAGCCUGACCCCCCACCUGCACCUCCUGGCCCCACUCCAAUGCCCAAGGGCCUCCUGGAACCUGAGCCAGGUGGGAGUGAAGAUUGUGAUGUGUCGGAGGCUGCCCAGCCCCUGGAGCAGGGGUUUCUGCAGCAGCCAGAGGAGGGCCCCAGCAGUUCUGCUGGACAGCAUCAGCUAACACAGCAAGAGGAGGAGGAAUCCAAGCCAGAACCAGAGAGGUCUGGCCUCAGUUGGAGCAACCGAGAGAAGGCAAAGCAGGCAUUCAAGGAACUGCUGAGGGACAAGGCUGUCCCCUCCAAUGCCUCAUGGGAACAGGCCAUGAAGAUGGUAGUCACAGAUCCCCGAUACAGUGCCUUGCCCAAACUAAGUGAGAAAAAGCAGGCAUUCAAUGCUUACAAGGCACAGCGGGAGAAGGAGGAGAAGGAAGAGGCCCGGCUAAGGGCCAAGGAGGCCAAGCAGACCUUACAGCAUUUCCUGGAACAGCAUGAACGCAUGACCUCCACCACCCGCUACCGGCGGGCAGAACAGACCUUUGGGGAACUGGAGGUCUGGGCUGUGGUCCCUGAGAGGGAUCGAAAAGAGGUUUAUGAUGAUGUCCUCUUCUUCCUGGCCAAGAAGGAAAAGGAACAGGCCAAGCAGCUCCGGCGCCGAAAUAUUCAGGCCCUGAAGAGCAUCCUGGAUGGAAUGAGUAGUGUCAACUUCCAGACCACAUGGUCCCAGGCACAACAAUACCUCAUGGAUAACCCCAGUUUUGCUCAGGACCAUCAACUGCAAAACAUGGACAAGGAAGAUGCCCUGAUCUGCUUUGAAGAGCACAUCCGAGCUUUGGAGAGGGAGGAGGAGGAAGAGCGGGAACGGGCCCGACUUCGGGAACGGCGCCAGCAGCGCAAGAACCGGGAGGCUUUCCAGACCUUCCUGGACGAGCUGCACGAGACAGGGCAGCUGCACUCCAUGUCCACCUGGAUGGAGCUGUACCCAGCAGUCAGCACUGAUGUCCGCUUUGCCAACAUGCUGGGCCAGCCGGGCUCUACCCCUCUGGACUUGUUCAAGUUCUAUGUGGAAGAGUUGAAGGCACGAUUUCAUGAUGAGAAGAAGAUCAUUAAGGACAUUCUUAAGGACCGGGGCUUCUGCGUGGAGGUGAAAACAGCAUUUGAAGACUUCGCCCACGUCAUAAGCUUUGACAAGAGGGCUGCUGCGCUGGACGCAGGCAACAUCAAGCUGACCUUCAAUAGUGUGAGGGGCAGGGUGGGGUGGGUCUUGGAUUUUUUUUACUCAUCCCAUUGUCUUACUCCUUCCCUUUUCACUCUUGUCCUACUGACUGUCCUGGGUUCAGGGGAUCAUGACAGAAGGCCAGACCCCAACUUUCUACCUCUUAAGGUAUGCCUGAGUGGGCCCUGGGCACUCACCCUUCUGGGUGACCUUGUUCUGCAUCUCUGUCUUCAGCUGCUGGAGAAGGCAGAGGCACGGGAGAGGGAGCGGGAAAAGGAGGAGGCACGAAGGAUGCGGCGCAGAGAAGCUGCCUUUCGAAGCAUGCUGAGGCAGGCCGUGCCUGCUCUGGAGCUGGGCACUGCGUGGGAAGAGGUCCGUGAGCGCUUUGUGUGCGACUCAGCCUUUGAGCAGAUCACCCUAGAGUCGGAAAGGAUCCGGCUCUUCCGGGAGUUCCUGCAGGUGCUGGAGCAGACUGAAUGCCAGCACCUCCACACCAAAGGCCGAAAGCAUGGCAGGAAGGGCAAGAAACACCAUCACAAGCGUUCCCACUCACCCUCUGUGAGUUGGCAGGUAGAGGGAUGUGGGGGUGAGGCUGGAUUAUUUUGGGGUACUCGACACUUCUUGUUUUUCCCUAUGUCACCUCCAUUGGAAGGAAAUUUGAGGAUUCUUUUUGGAAUUCUGGAUCCUCUUCUCUAUCCCCAAUUCACAGACAAGAGCUCUAGAGGCCAGAGAACCUCUGCAUUAACCGAUAUCUGUUUAUGUGCCCAGGGCUCCGAGUCGGAAGAGGAGGAGCUGCCCCCACCAUCCCUCCGGCCCCCCAAGCGGAGGAGGCGAAACCUCUCAGAGUCUGCCUCUGAUCCCUCAUCCUCACUUGAUUCAGUUGAAAGUGGGGGUGUUGCCCUUGGAGGACGGGGCUCCCCAUCCUCCCACCUUCUUCUUGGAUCAGAUCAUGGCCUUCGGAAAGCCAAGAAACCAAAAAAGAAAACUAAAAAGAGAAGACACAAGUCGAACAGCCCUGAGAGUGAGACAGACCCCGAGGAGAAAGCUGGCAAGGAGAGUGAAGAGAAAGAACAAGAACAAGACAAGGAUAGGGACCUUCGGCAGGCAGAGCUCCCUAAUCGCUCCCCAGGCUUUGGAGUCAAGAAGGAGAAGGGACUGAGAAGAAACUGGCAGGGAACUGAGCAGAUAGUCUGCAGAGACCACCAUGCUUCCUACCCCCCACCAAAAAACCACCUAGCUGAGAAAAGGAGAUCCAGGUCCUGGCAAGAGUAGAUGAGAAGGGAAAAUACUGCAGCCUCAUACUACGCAACGAUCUGCUGGCAGUACACUCAGCACGAGCCUAGCUCUGGCUCAUGAAGCUGACCCUGGUCCCACUCUGCCUGAAGACGGAAGUCCAGGAGGUCUGGCAACCUGGUCUUCAGCCCCACCCUUCUGGGCCCCAGACCCUGUCACCUCCAAGAUCUUCUCAUCAUCCAGUUCACUGAAGACAGUGCCACUGAUCUGAUUGGGUUUCAGUGCUGUCCAGUUGAAGACCGGCAACCGGAACUUGGUCUUGAUAGGUUUCUUAAUGCGAAUGGCUAGUUUGAAAGGAGUAUCAUUGAGGAUGGAGCCAAGGACACAUUCCCCUGAUUCUACCAGCCCUGUCCAAGGUCCUAGAGGCACUCACCUGACAGGCCCACUGUCAAUACCACAGAGGGAGCAGCUCCAGGGAGAGGUGGGGCUGGGGGACACUUGCCUAGGGGAAAAAGAAAUGGCACAGUGACCCAGGGGGUCAUGAGACUUCCUGGGCUGCCCUCUCCUCUGCCCCCCUGACCUGUCCUUACAGACUCUUAGGAGAGGAGGCGAUGUGAGUUCAGCUCAAGUCACUACCAGGAGUCCUGUCAGAGGCGGUUCAAUCUAGUCUCUGCCUCAGUUUCUCCAGCCUCUCCUUGGCUGCUUUGAAGCAGCAUUUUGAUGAUUCUUGAAACAGGCCCACCCCUGUACCAGUAACCCAGGCUUCCUUAGAUGGUAGCUCCCCAUCAGCCCUUUCUCUAACUUUGACUUGAUAGCCUUCCAUCCUUCAAAUGAUGCCAUUUCCUGGCUGCUAAAGAAGACACUGCUGACUAGGGUUUUGGCCCCACAAUGUGGCUGCCCCGCUGGGCCUAGAGAUCCUGGUUACUUACCUGGUAAAGGGGGAGGAGGCGGGGGCAAGGGAGGAGCCGGUGGUGGGGGCAGAGGAAGGGCCUCCUCGGCAGGUGGGGCUGGAGCUAGCAGGUCCAGGUCUGAGGGUGGUAUGCCCUCGCUCAGCUCUGGAGGGCCUGCUCUGGUCAGGGCCUCAACACCCAUGGGCUCCAAGCCACGAGCGCUUGGCUCCAGGUGGCAUCGGCGCUGGAAGGCCUCUUCCUUCUCCUUAAUGAGCCUCCGCAGGGUAUGCACCUGGUGGCUUGUGUUCUCAUAUGUCUCCUAUUGGGCAGAGAGUGUUAUUGAGGGAAGGAUGGGCUAGAGGCACAGCAGUCAUUACUCCUGGGAGUAAGAGAGAUUUCCUACCCAAAGGAUAGUCAAAUAAGGGUCUCGUGAGGUGCUUAGAGUAGCAGAAUUCUAGAUGGGAGAGUAAGGGAAGUUGGAGUGCAGCAGAGCAAAGGAGGUGAGUAGAAGGGCUGGCCUCCCUCUGCUGACACCAUGAAAUGUCAUUCUCUCUGCUCUGGACUGUUCUCACAGCACCUAUCCUUCAGGACCCAGGAUAAAGGAUGCUACUGUGAAAUUCUCCUUAGCUACUACCAGUCUGAUGUAGCUGCUUUCUCCAUAGCCCUUGGAGAUGUUGACAGACCUUUAUUUUAUUCAUUUAUUAUAUGUGGUGCUGAGAUUCGAACCCAGUACCUCACACAUGCUAGUUAAACGCUCUGCCACUCAAUCACAACCCCCAGCCCCCUUGGGUCUCUUUAUUGUCUUUUUUUUUAAUUUUCAAAAAAAAUUUUUUUUAGUUGUACAUGGACAAAAUUCCAUGUAUUUAUUUAUUUAUUUAUUUAUGCAUGCUGAGGAUUGAACCCAGUGCCUUACACACACCAGGCAAGUGCUUUACCACUGAGCCACAACCUCAGCCCUUCUUUAUUGCUUUUAUUUAUAAUUUGGCCCUGUGUAAUUGCUCAGUUGGAAGCCUCAUGGACAGGCUUUGUCUUAGCCAUCUUUGAACCCUCUAUAUUUCCUAAUUUGGUACUUAACAGAGGCUCAGCUCAUGAUCAUAUUCCUUGGGAAGAAAAAGGUUGGGGCAGAAUGACAACAUCAUUCUUAUUAUUUUGAUACCAGGGAUUGAAUCUAACCACUGAGCACAUUUCUAGUCCUUUUUUUAUUACUAUUUUUUUGAGACAGGGUCUUGCUAAGUUACUUAGGGCCUCUCGAAAUUGUUGAGGCUAGCUUUGAACUUGCGAUCCUCUUGCCUCAGCCUCCUGAGCUAUUACAGGUAUGCACCACCACAUCCAGUGGGGCAUGACUGUAUAACUAACAAAAAAGUGGGAGAAGGAUAAAGCAGAGAAUGAAAUAUAAGGAGCCUCUGCUUUCAUAAUUUAGGAUACUUUGUGGAUGGCUUAAAAAUCAGCUACUCCAAUCCUGAUCUGUAAGCAGGGUUGAGAAGCACGUGGAGGAAAAAGCAGCAAGAUGGGUUGGGAGGAGACUGGAAGGGACUCCAGGGGUACCUGCGGGUGCACAGUCUGCCUCUACCCUUUCCAGUAUGUCUUGUGUCUUGCCCACUUUGGUUUCAGCUUCCCUCCCAAACUAAAAAAUAGAGUGAAGUCAUCAGAACACCACCAUCUGUGUAACUCAGGGGUAAAUCAAGAUCUUUUCUUGACAUAACUCAGAAGAGCAACGUCCCAAAGCACUGGAGCCCAGGGGUGGCCAUGGCUUUCCUUCCCCAGAUUUUUUGGUACCUUGAUGCUCUCCAGCUCUUUUUCUCGUUGUAGCAGCUGCUUCUCUAGCUCUGCCACCCGCAUCAUGUUCUCAUUCUCCAGGUCCAGAAGCUUCUCUGUGAGCUGCAGGUUGGGAAUGGCAGGUUCGGGGCUGGCCCUAAAGCCUAGGCACUCAGUAUGAACUAAAGCCCAGUCAAGACCUGGGCCCAACAUUCCCACCCCAUAGGUCCCCAAAUGCAGCUUGGUUAGGUGACUUCUUUACAUCACCUCCCAAGGGCCCAAGGUCUGACCCCACAUGAAACAGCAACACAUACAAGGCAAAAUGGCAGCAGUCUGAAUGCAUGUGACUCACACCAUAGCAUAUUCUAGAGAGCCUCAGUGGAUUCUAAAGUCUUCCUGAGACUCAAUCUGGAGGCAAGUGGGUAAAUACAGGAUUUUGAAACUCA